AUGUCUCUCCUAACUGCCGUCCGCAGACUCCGUGUGGUGGGCAACAAUGCUUUCUAUUUAUCAAGAUGUGCUUCUUCUGUUCCUACAACCAAAAUGUUUAUCAACAAUGAAUUUGUGGAGUCAAAAACGAACAAAUGGAUUGAUCUUCAUAAUCCUGCCACAAAUGAAGUGGUAACCAAAGUCCCAGAAUGCACCAGGGAAGAGCUAGAGUCAGCUGUUGCUGCAGCCAGGGAUGCUUUUCCAGCCUGGUCCAGGACCACUGUUCUCACCAGACAGCAGAUUAUGUUCCGGUUACAGGACCUCAUUAAGAAAAACAUGAAACGUUUAGCUGCUAAUAUAACUGAAGAACAGGGUAAAACACUAGUGGAUGCUGAGGGGGAUGUCUUAAGAGGAUUACAGGUUGUUGAACACUGCUGUAGCAUCACUUCCCUACAGCUGGGAGAAACUUUACCUGGCAUUGCUAAAGACAUGGACACAUUUACAUACAGGUUACCUAUAGGUGUCACUGCUGGCAUUACACCUUUCAAUUUCCCAGCCAUGAUUCCAUUAUGGAUGUUCCCUAUGGCUGUAGUAUGUGGCAACACCUCAGUUAUGAAACCAUCAGAGCGAGAUCCAGGUGCAACUUUGAUCCUCAUGGAACUUUGUCGGGAAGCUGGUCUGCCGCCAGGUGUUGUUAAUGUCAUCCAUGGCCGUCAUGACUCUGUGAACUUUAUCUGUGAUCAUCCUGAUAUCAAAGCUAUUUCAUUUGUAGGAUCAGAUCAAGCUGGCCAGUACAUUUAUGAAAGAGGUUCCAAAAGUGGAAAGCGAGUCCAGUCCAACAUGGGAGCUAAAAACCAUGGCGUAGUAAUGCCUGAUGCCAAUAAAGAAAGCACAUUAAACAGUCUUGUUGGGGCCGCCUUUGGAGCUGCAGGCCAGAGGUGCAUGGCUCUUUCCACAGCCAUCUUUGUAGGAGAGGCCAGAGAGUGGAUUCCAGAUUUAGUCGAGAAGGCCAGAAAGCUGAAAGUUAAUGCAGGACAUGAACCAGAUGCAGAUCUAGGUCCUCUCAUUUCCCCAGAGGCAAAGAAGCGUGUGUGUGAACUAGUGCAGUCAGGGGUAGAUUCUGGUGCAGAGCUUCUCUUGGAUGGUCGCAGUAUUAAAAUCAAAGGAUACGAGAAAGGAAACUUUGUUGGACCCACCAUCCUGCACCAUGUUAAUCCUAAGAUGAAGUGCUACACGGAGGAGAUUUUUGGGCCAGUUCUGCUGAGUAUGGAGGCGGACACUCUAGAAGAUGCCAUCCGAAUUGUCAACUCUAACCCGUACGGUAACGGCACAGCUAUCUUCACCACUAAUGGUGCAACUGCUAGAAAGUACACCAUGGAGUGUGAUGUUGGCCAGGUUGGGGUGAAUGUUCCAAUCCCAGUGCCUCUUCCUAUGUUUUCCUUCACUGGCUCACGAGGCUCAUUCAGAGGAGAUCAACACUUCUAUGGAAAACAGGGAAUCCAGUUCUACACACAGGUCAAGACCGUGACUCAGAUGUGGCGUGGGGAAGAUGCAGUGUCACACAAACCUGCCACAACCAUGCCUGUUCAACAUUAA